AUGACUUUUUUGAAAUUUCAUUUGAACGCCUGUCCAAUUUGUCUUAUUUGCUUAGAUUGUCAAAAUAUAUAUGGUCAAGAAUGUAUUUGUCAAGCAAAAGAAAUAGUAUGGAAAAGGAAAAAAGUUGAACACGAUUAUGUAAUAGACUUUUGCCAUAAACCUCUCUCACAACAAGACGCCACAAACCAAAAAGUUGUAUUAGAUUUAGGAUUUGCUGACUGGGUUUUUGCUAAUAUCUCUUCGCAAAUUGAACUUUUAUCAAUUCCAAAUAAUGUUAAUAUUUGUCAAAAAUGUAUGAAGAGAUAUCAUGGCAAAAAGAAUGAAAACUGUAUUGCUGUAAAAGAUGAUUGUAUCAUUGUAAGAGAAGAUUGUAUUAUUGUGAAAGAAAAUUGUAUUGAUUCAACUGGCUUGGAAAGUACUAUGCUGCCCAGUAUAUCAGUAUUAAUACCAAGUCCACCAAAUAAUGUACAACCUAUGAAAAUAAAGGCUGUUUUACAUAAGUAA